GGCCCCCAGAGCCGUCCCCGCCCGCGGCCCCGAGCAGCUGGCCCCGGCCCCCCGACCGCCCUGGGCCAUGGCGCUGAGCGAGCCCAUCCUGCCCUCCUUCGCCACCUUCGCCAGCUCGUGCCGCGAGCGCGGCCUGCAGGAGGUGAGCGCGCGGGCCGCCGGGCUGGGGCCGGGAGAAGGCGGGCGGCGGGGCCCGCGGCCGGCGACCCCCGAGCCCCGCUGCGCUCACGCCGCGCCCUGUCGCCCGCAGCGCUGGCCGCGCGCUGAGCCCGAACCCGGCGGCGCCGACGACGACCUCAACAGCGUGCUGGACUUCAUCCUGUCCAUGGGGCUGGACGGCCUGGGAGCCGAGGCCGCCCCGGAGCCGCCGCCGCCGCCGCCGCCGCCACCCGCUUUCUACUACCCCGAGCCCGGCGCGCCGCCGCCCUACGGCGCCCCCGCGGGCGGCCUGGUGUCGGAGCUGCUGCGGCCGGAGCUGGACGCGCCCUCGGGGCCCGCGCUGCACGGCCGCUUCCUGCUCGCGCCGCCCGGCUGCCUGGUCAAAGCCGAGCCCCCCGAGCCCGACGGCGGCGGCGGCGCCUACGGCUGCGCGCCCGGCCUGGCCCGUGGCCCGCGCGCCCUCAAGCGCGAGGGCGCCCCGGGGCCCGCGGCCGCCUGCCUGCGCGUCCCCGGGGCCCGGCUCCCCGCGCCGCCGCCGCCGCCCGACACGCCGCCGCUCAGCCCUGACGGCCCCGCGCGCCUGCCCGCGCCCGGGCCCCGCGCCCCGUUCCCCGCGCCCUUCGGCGGCCCCGGCUUCGGCGCGCCCCCCGGGCCCGGCCUGCACUACGCACCGCCGCCCGCGCCCGCCGCCUUCGGGCUCUUCGACGACGCGGCCGCCGCCGCCGCCGCUGCCGCCGCGCUGGGCCUGGCGCCGCCCGCCGCUGCCCGAGGUCUACUCACGCCGCCCGCGUCCCCGCUGGAGCUGCUGGAGGCCAAGCCCAAGCGCGGCCGCCGCUCCUGGCCCCGCAAGCGCACCGCCACGCACACUUGCAGCUACGCGGGCUGCGGCAAGACCUACACCAAGAGCUCGCACCUCAAAGCGCACCUGCGCACGCACACAGGCGAGAAACCCUACCACUGCAACUGGGAGGGCUGCGGCUGGAAGUUCGCGCGCUCCGACGAGCUUACGCGGCACUACCGCAAGCACACGGGCCACCGGCCCUUCCAGUGCCACCUGUGCGACCGCGCCUUCUCGCGCUCCGACCACCUGGCGCUCCACAUGAAGCGGCACAUGUAGCCCCGACGUCCCCACCGCCCACCCGCGCCCGCCCGUGGCGGGUCCCACGCGCCGGGCGCACCCCCCUCCUGGACUGUGACUGGUAUUUAUUGGGCCCGGAAGACCCCGUCGGGCGCGGCGUGGCCACCGCGGGCUCCCCUCACCCCCGGCUCGGGCCAUCCCCACCCCUCGAAGACUCGGCCCCGACCCCCGACGGAAGACCCAGUGGGAGAAGACGCUGAUCUGCCUUGACGAAUUUUGUUUUCAAAAUGGUGCAAUAAUUAAGUGUCGUCUUCCCCGCCUCCCGGGUCUACACUAGAGGAGAGAAGCUUGACGCGGUGUGAGAAAUUCAGCCUCGUACUGUGCGCCACGUUUUUUAUACUUAUUGUACAUAGGGACUCGACAGAUGUUGUAAUAAUGUAAAUAGGAAGACAAGUGAGCGUUUUGGUCACCUGUUGUGUUUUUAUAAUAAAAGACUUUUGCAGUUUUUUUUU